AUGUUUGGUUUUCGUACACCGGAUAAAAAGACAGAUAACACAGAGACAUCAGGAAUGGAGAAACCCGGAACAUCCCGGGUUGACCCAUUAUCAAAUAAGACGUCCCACGUAAGGAAAAGUAUUGGAGAAUGGGAGAAUGGAAAAGGGAAGGCAACUCAGUCCCCGACAGAAUCAACAGAAGUAGAAGGGACAAGAAAAAAGGUAACGGCUACUAAAGAGAAAAACGAGAACGUGAGAAGAAUGUCAUCGGAGAUUGUGGUCAUAAGCCCACCAAAGAAACAAAGUAAAAUAGCUGAGGCAAAAGCCUGCGUUACCAAAGCGAAAAUUAAUUUAAAUAUGUCAAGGAAUAUUAAGACAGAGAUAAAGACUGGAGUGGCGGAGGCUAUUGACAGGCUGUAUGGAAUUGUUAAGGAAAUGGCUAAAGAACUGGAAAAAGGAGAAGAGAAGAAACCAAAUGAGAAAGAAAGAAAAAGAGAAAACUUGGAGAAACAAAAGGAAAAGGAGAAGGAACAAGAACAAGACCUAGAAAAAGAGAAAGAGAAAGAGAGUGUCUUAAUCAAGAAGAUGGAAGAACACGCAAAAUUAAUAGAAGAAAGUAAUGCAAAAAUCAGAGAACUAAACGACAAUCUAGAGAAGUACCAAGAAAAAGAAAAACAAACGUACGCAAACGUAGUAACGCAGAACAAAGGGAAAUCGAUGGAGAAAAACGUAAUGCAUUCGGUGGUUGUAACUGCUAAAGACGAGAAUGAAACAGGAGAAGAAGUACUGAAUAGAAUUAGAAAGCUGUAA